AGUCACAUGACCAAAAUUUGUGUCUUUUCGGUUGGUAGUUUGUAUUUCCUUCUUUCUAAAAUCGACAAUGGCGCCGACUGUCCAAAAAAAGGAGAAAACAGUCAAGGGACUGCCAGCAGUGCCCGAAUCCGUGUUGAAGCACCGUAAAAGGCGCGAACAGUCCCGCACCAAAAGGUUACAGUCCGACAUCAAAAAGAAGGGUGAAGGAAUAAAAAAACGCAAGGAAAUCUUCAAAAGGGCCGAACAGUAUGUCAAGGAAUACCGACUGGUGGAACGCGAAGAAAUCCGUAACAAACGUCAAGCUAAAAACCUUAACAACUUCUACGUACCACCAGAAGCUAAAUUGGCUUUCGUUAUCCGUAUCAAGGGUAUCAACAAAGUAGCCCCCAAGGUCCGUAAGGUCCUCCAAUUGUUCAGACUGUUGCAAAUCAACAAUGCCGUCUUUGUGAAGCUGAACAAGGCCACCAUUAACAUGUUGAGGAUCUGCGAGCCAUACAUUACGUGGGGCUACCCUAACCUAAAAUCUGUCAGAGAGCUCGUCUACAAGAGAGGUUUUGCCAAGGUUAACGGACAACGUGUACCAAUCACCAGCAACGAAAUCAUUGAAAACAGAUUGGGCAAAUCUGGUGUUAUCUGCGUUGAGGAUUUGAUCCAUGAAAUUUUCACAGUAGGCGGUAGCUUCAAACAAGCUUCCAACUUCUUGUGGCCCUUCAAGCUAAACACCCCCACUGGUGGAUGGAGGAAGAAGACCAACCACUACGUUGAAGGUGGUGACUUUGGAAACAGGGAAGACAAAAUCAAUGAACUUCUCAGAAGGAUGGUUUAAUGCAGUAGAUCCUGUGUUUAUAAAAAAAUAUAUAAAAUAAGUUCA